AACAAAUUCCGUUGUUCCCAAGAGUCAACAAUAAUGCCAUAUAGAUCAAGACGACGAAGACCAUCUAUUUUCCACUUAGUAACUACUGAUCAAUCAAAACCUAAUACAUAUUUGACUUCGAACACUCACAAAGAAGCGUUCUACUGACGUCUUAACUCAUUUAAUUGUGAUUGUUGACAAAAAAAAAAACAAUGACUUUAUUAAAAACAUUUUGGACGCCUAUUGUUGUAUAUCCAGAUGUGAAAACUGGUUGUAAAUUUGUAGCAGCAUACACAAUCGCGAUAUCAAUUUUCUUGAUGGCACUUCUUGUUCAUAUGCAAAAUGGAGGUGAAUCAACACAAAUGUAUAAUCCUUUUUUUGAAGCUAAUCUACGUGAACUUAAUUAUUAUGUGGUGUACACUUUAAUAUUUUUCGCCUAUAUGGUGGGUUCAUCUCUAUUGUUGCUGAAGGGUUUAAAUAACAAUCUCCGAGGUUUCCUAUUACCAUGGCUAAUUGGUAUGGGAUUCGUUGUAAUAUUUUUGCUGGUUUGGUCCAUUUGGCUGCUAUAUGGAUACUAUAUUUAUAUUCACAUAAUAUGUGCUGCUGUGAUUUAUUGGAUUGUGGCUGCUAUGCAAUUUUAUUGCUGGUUAUGUGUUUACACUCAGUACAAAGUGAUCUACGAAAUGCAAUCACCAAACAUUGAGCUUCUUAUAUUUUAAUAAGUUAUGAAUUUCCAGUAUACCUGCACAUUUUAUUAACAUUCUUUUAUAGACCAUUUUUGUAUUAUGACUAUUAAAAAAAUAAUUUAUAUUUUUUUAAAUUUAAAUUAUCUAGUAUAUUUAUAGUUUUGUUUGCUUACUAAGAACCAUUUUUUGAAGACUGCCAUUACUAUGUAAGAAUUUUAUGGGGAUCGGCAAUAAUCUAAUUUCUAAUUUCUAAUAGAAAAAUAUGUUUUAAGAAAUGUUAUAUGAAAUUUGAUUCUAUAGGUAUGACUUUCAAGUAUUUCAAUCAAGACUUUAAACCUGACACCAUUAAGCCACUCAAAAUGUAUACUCGGGUACUUAUAUGUUAGGAGUGUUAGGUUGAUUUGAAGUACAUAAUAAUAUAAUAUAUUGACUAAAAUUGGAAAUAAUAUACCGCCUUGAAAAACAUCUACACAGACAUUUCCAAAGGAGUACAUAAUGCUAACUAUAGACAUAAUAAUGAUCUUUUUAAUUUUUUAAUGUUACAUUGUUCUUUAUUUAAAAUAGUGCACAAUUAAUACGUUUAAGUAUUAUGUUCAAAUCAUAUCAUAGAAAUUAUUGAUUUUUUUCUUUCUUUAAUAGCUAUUAAGUAGUGCAAACUGCUUUUAAAAAAUCCGUUAAUAAUAAUAAUACCUUUACUCACUUACCAUCUUAUACAGUGUGUAAGUGUAAUAUAUUAACCUCAUAUGAUUGUUGCCGACUCCUUAAUAAAAUACAUCUUAUUUGUUCAAUAUUGUAAUCCGUCCAUUUUUAUUUUUUUUUAUUUAAGCUAUGACUUAAAUAAAAAUAUAAAUUUAAGUAUUAUAUUAUAUUUUAAGUAAACGAGUAAUUACUUUUUGAUUAUAUAAAAUAUAAAUUUAAAUAUAUUUUCAGUAUUUUUGAUAAUAAACUAUUUAUAUUUAA